CAAAGCUGAGAUCUAUUCACUGUGAUGUCUUGGGGACUUUCGUGUUAAAAUGCGAAUUCGUUUUUUUUUCUCCUUUUGAUGCUUAAUUGCACGAUCCGAGUCAUGUUUUGGCGGCUUAUGAUCAAAGACUGUCUUUUUUCAUCUCAGAAGCAUCUGAACCAGUUGACAUUGCUACUACAUUUGUUCUCAUUUUUCUUUCCAUUUUUGAUUCUUUGGGAUGAAUGGGUUCAAGUAAUGAGACCCAGAUCACUUUUUUCCCACUGUUCUUUUUACCGUGCUGCAUUGCAAGUUCAUGUGUAGUACAAACUCUUCUGGGUGAACUUCAUGAACUUGCGUUUUCUUCUUCAUGAUGCAAUCACAGAACCCAGAUGAGAAGAUCUUCAUGAUGGCCUAUGAAUGUUGUUUUAUCAAUUUAUGAUCUUUCCGAUGCUGUUAUGGUUUUCUCCAUUAUUUUACCCUGAGAAGGAGCUUAAGCCAAAGUCAUUUUCACCAAUAAGCUCAAGUUGGGGUUCAGGAAAACUGAUACUCUAGAUAAAAAUGUUGGGAAGAGCUUGAGAUCUAGCCUAACGCCAUCGAUUCCCCCCUGCUCAAGUGCCGAUCAUUUGUAUCGUCGUCUGUGUCUUCCAUAGAAAUGUAAUGAAGAUCUGGUUUUCUACCAGUUAUUAUUCUCCUUCAAUGUUUUUAUUGGAUUCUGAAUAUUGGUGUUGGAGUUCAAGGUUAGACAAAAAGACACUAUUAAAAUGAGUCCAAGGGUUCUGUUUGUGACAUUAGAGGGUAUAUGCAUUUGAAUGGGCUUCGAAUUUAAUAUUAGGUCUCUGUUGGGUUUCUUUAAGCACAUAAUUGCAAAUGUCAAGUGCACGGAUUGAUCCAAGUGAGCUUCACCUGAAGAAGGAACUCACAGCCCUUCGAAAGGCUGCACGGUUUCUACGUGACCCUGAAACUUGUUCUUCUUGGAGGUCUCCCUUGAGUUCUAGAUCAGUGGCUGCAGCUUCUAGUUGGACCCAUGGAAAUGGAAUCAGAGGAAACUCCAGUGGAGCAAACCAUGCUGGAGGAUGUUCUGAACUUGACUCCCAGUUGCCACUGAGAAGUGAAAACAAUCGGAAAAAGGUGUUCCUCUACAAUUGGAGGAGUCACUCUGUGAAAUCAAAUGACAGUGGAGCAAAAUUAGAUGGGGACAAAUAUGGAAUGGAAGGAUCAGUUCCUAGGAGUCCUGAGGAUAGCUCCAGUGAUGCCAAUAAAGAAGACUCUAAGAGUGACACAUAUAUUGAGGACCCUGUCAUGGUAUUCAGAGCAAGAGGGGCAAGUUUGGAGACACCAUUGCGGAGGACAACCAGGAAGUCAAAGAAGAUAUCUGCUGCUCCAAGACAACACAUCAUAAAAAACCCAACAAAUUCGAAAUCACUGGAAUAUCCUCUUGUCUCUUUAAGGGGAACAAAUAACUCAGUUGAGCAAUCUGAUGACACAGAAACCUGCAAUUCUGAGGACUUACGAAUUUUGACUCAUAAUUUAACCCAAAAGGUCGGGUACACUUCACGAUCAGUAACCCCCUUGCUGCCUCGGAAUGGAAAUUGGUCCCACUCUUCCAAACUGUUUAGAAGUAUUCAAAGAGAGGAUUCCUCUUAUUCUUAUACUCCUGCAUCGACAAGUUCAUAUAAUAAAUAUGGGAACCAAAACCCCAGUACUGUUGAGUCUUGGGAUGGCACAACAGCUUCCUUCAAUGGGGAUGAAUUGGAUCAUUUGGAACUAUCAAGGCGACAAGGGUGUGGGAUUCCUUGUUAUUGGUCAAAAAGGACACCAAAACAUAGGGGUUGUGGAAGUUGUUACUCUCCUUCGCUUUCUGAUACUUUGAGGAGAAAAGGAAGUAGCAUUCUAUGUGGAAGCCAGACAUUGUAUCAUAAACGUCGAUCGGCAAGGUCCAAUAAGCGGAAACUUGUAUCAAGAUCUGCACAAGGGGUACCACUAUUGACGAAUGGUUGUGAUGGAAGAAGAGGUUCAGAAGGGUCAUCUGUAGACACUGGACAAAGUGAUGAUGAGCUUUCUACUAAUUUUGGGGAGCUUGACUUGGAGGCUUUAAGCCGGUUGGAUGGAAGGAGAUGGUCAUCAAGCUGCAGGAGCCAAGAAGGGUUAGAGCUAGUAGCUCUAACAGGAGGUGCUGAGGAAGGGACACCAGAUCAUGUUAGGAGCUUGAGCCAGAAAUAUAGGCCAAGGUUUUUUGAUGAAUUAAUUGGACAGAAUAUUGUUGUGCAAUCCCUUGUUAAUGCAGUUUCAAGGGGGAGGAUUGCUCCUUUUUAUCUCUUCCAAGGUCCCCGUGGGACUGGAAAAACAACAACAGCUAGGAUAUUUACUGCUGCAUUGAAUUGCCUGGCUACACAAGAAACAAAACCAUGUGGGUUCUGCGGGGAAUGCACUGAUUUCUUCUCUGGAAAGAAUAUGGAUCUGAAAGAAGUAGAUGCAACUAAUAGAAAGGGAAUAGAGAGAAUCAGGCACCUAUUGAAAAACCUGUCAGGCAGGCCACUAUCUUCCUCUUCGCGUUACAGGGUCUUUAUUAUUGAUGAGUGCCAUCUAUUACCCUCCAAAACCUGGUCAGCAUUUCUAAAGUUUCUUGAAGAAACACCACCAUGUGUGGUGUUUGUAUUCAUAACUACAGAUAUUGAUGGUGUUCCUCGUACUGUAUUAUCACGAUGCCAGAAAUACCUUUUCAACAAAAUCAAAGACACUGAUAUUGUAACCAGGUUGAAGAAGAUAUCUGUAGAUGAAAAUCUUGAUGUUGAAUCAGAGGCACUGCAUCUAAUUGCUUUGAAUGCAGAUGGUUCACUUCGAGAUGCAGAAACUAUGUUAGACCAGUUGAGUUUGCUGGGGAAAAGGAUUACGACCUCUUUGGUAAAUGAACUUGUAGGGGUUGUUUCGGAUGAAAAACUGCUUGAUCUCUUGGAGUUGGCCAUGUCAUCAGACACAGCAGAAACAGUAAAGAGAGCCCGGGAGUUGAUGGAUUCUGGAGUUGAUCCAAUGGCAUUAAUGUCUCAAUUGGCAGGUCUUAUUAUGGAUAUCAUUGCUGGGACUUACCAUGUUGUCAAUUCAAAAAGCAGUGGUUCAUUCUUUGGGGGUCGAAAUUUGACUGAAGCUGAGUUGGAGAGACUAAAGCAAGCUCUGAAGCUUCUUUCAGAAGCUGAAAAACAACUAAGGGUUUCAAGUGAGCGCUCAACAUGGUUUACGGCCGCUCUGUUACAACUUGGUGCUGUCUCUACUGAUCCUACUUAUACAAGCAGCAGGAGGCAAAGUUCUAAAACAACUGAGGAAGAUCCAUCCGACACAUCUAAGGAAGCUUCUGCUGACAAGAAGAAGACUGAUGCUCUGCAUGUGUCAAGGAAGUCAACUUCUGCUUCAACAAUGCCUAAAGCAGUGAAUGAAACUUACAGCCCUUGCGGAGAUCCAUCCUUAAUUGUUGAUGGUUCAAGUUUUGAUUCCAGGUCCACACACAAGCCAUUUUUGGAGCAUGGUGGAUCGGAUGCCUUACAGGAGGAUGUUAAGACUGGAAAUAGGGUCUUCAGGUGCACAAGUCCUGACAAGUUGGAUGAUAUUUGGGAGAGGUGCAUUGAUAGAUGCCAUUCUAAGACGUUGAGGCAGUUAUUACGUGAGCAUGGAAAGCUUAUUUCAAUCUCUGAUGUUGAAGGUGUUUUGAUUGUCUUAGUAGCAUUUUGUGAUGGCAAUAUUAAAUCCAGAGCUGAGAGGUUUUUGAGCAGUAUCACCAAUUCAAUUGAAGUUGUUCUGAGGCAUAAUGUAGAGGUUAGAAUAGAACUCAUGCCAGAUGUUGGGACUUCAACAGACAGACUACAGGAAUUGGGAUUAACAGACUCCUUGGGCCAGAAGCAGAUGCAGGUAUCUGAAGCCAUGGAGAAGGAAAGAAAAGCUGAUCCUAACAGCUUCACUAAUGGUCACACCAACCUGGACAUGCACCAAGAACUGGUCAAACUCCCCAGAGAUGGUUUUAACAACUCAAAAAAUAAGCUACAGAGUGGGUCACUUGAACAAUCUGGAUCUCCAUUGGUAGAUGGAAAAUUUCAUACUACUAGUGGAUUACCUGUCUUUUGUACUGAAGGAAAUGAUGGAAUCUGUUUGUCUAAAGAGAGAAGGCAAGACACUUCAAUGCAAAGAAUACAAGAUUUUGAUGAACAGAGGCUAGAGAGUGCUUGGGUACAGGAUGCGGAGAAGGGUACCCCCAGAUCAGUGAGUCGACUAAAACCUGAGAGGAAUCAAGUACUUCCACAAGAUGGUAUCUAUCGUCAAGGUCAGAUGACAAUGACACCCAUAUCCUCUGAGCACUGUGAAGAUGAGCUGAAUCAGGAAAUCAAAAGUUUGAAGGCUAAUGAUCAUAGGGGCAACAAGAAGGAUCAGAGUGGUAGAAAGGUUGAUCACUACCCCAUAUCACCAAGCUUAUUGCAUGAUAGCACCUUUGGGGGGAACUUCAACAAAGAUAACCUGGGAUAUGAGUCUGGUCCAGGACAUUGUGGUUGCAAUGGAAUUCUUUGUUGGAAACCCACCAAACAUUUUAACAAAGGGAAGGUGAAGCAAGGAACUAUUCGGUCACACAAGAGUGGGCCUUAUUUAGUUGGACAGCGUGGGAAGCCCAAGAUGGAGAAUACACUCACAACAUGAGCGGGAAAACUUCAGAAGUUGAGUUUCGAAUACCAAGUUGGUUCUUUCUUAUAUAUGUAUGUAUAUUUUACUAUCAGGUCAUUCUUCAGGGUUUUAGAUGGGAAACGGAUCUCUUCAUACGUAUGCCAUUCGUUUCUAGGUUUCUUAAUUUUGUCCAAUUUUCAUGCGGAUGAAAUAAAGGAAAUUGUAUGAAGGAAAUUUUGAUAUUUGUUUCUUUUUCCUUUUUUCCUAGCAGUUUGUAUGUAUUUCUGAUUUUGGGUAUUGGACAAUCUUCC